UUCCAAAGAGCAAUCUUUAAAGGAGAGAUAGUGAGAGAGACAUUUUCUUCUUUAAGCUGUUUGUUUCUCGGGAAAACCCAAUAAGUGGAUUGAACUGUACGGUUCUUUUUUCUUGGGAAAGUGAAAAAAAAAACCUUGUUUUGGUUCCCGAGAAAGUGAAGACCUUUGCCACCAGAUCGGCGUUUUCUCCUACUGUUUCGGAAGAAAAUGAGGUCAAGUAAUUCGGGUAGCGAAGACCAUCAUCAUCACGAGCUGGGGAUUCUCAGAGGAGCUUAUUCCGACACCAACUCCGACGCCGACAGCAUCACCAGCGACCGAAGCGCGUUCAGCGGUCCACUCGGUCGCGGCGGUGCCAAACGCGCGUCCAAGAAGAACGCUAGAUUCGCUCCCGACCUUCCAAAGAAGAGCCAAAGCGGCAGCAGUCGCGGUGGCGGUAGCAGCGUUAUGGACGAUGAGUUCGUUGAGAUCACUCUCGACAUCCGCGAAGACGCUGUCGCGGUUCACAGCGUUCAAAACGCGGCGAUUGGGGGCGACGUUGAGGACCCCGAGCUCGCGUUUCUGACGAAGCGGAAACUCGAGACGAGCCUCAACAAAUCGUCGUCGGUCGGUUUCCUCGGGAGCACUUCCUCUCGCAUCAAGAGCGCGUCGCGUGAGCUGCUCAGCGUUUUCUCCAAACGCUCAAACGCGGGUCGGCGUUUCGACCGGAAUAGAUCCGCGGCGUUUCAUGCCCUCAAGGGUCUGAAGUUCAUCGCCACCAAGACCGCCACGUGGCCGGCCAUUGAGAAACGAUUCGAUGAGCUCGCCGCCCCAACCAAUGGCCUCCUCCCCUCGUCCUUGUUCUGGGAUUGCAUUGGGUUGAACAAGGAGUCCAAGGACUUCGCCGAUCAACUUUUCCGGGCACUUUCUCGCCGGAAUAAUGUCUCCGGCGAUGCAAUCAACAAGGAACAGCUCAGGGUCUUUUGGGAACAAAUCUCAGACGAGAGCUUCGAUUCAAGACUCCAAGUCUUCUUCGACAUGGUGGACAAAGACGCCGACGGGAGGAUAACGGAAGAAGAAGUCGAGGAGAUUAUUAGCCUAAGUGCUUCAGCAAACAAGCUUUCCAACAUCCAGAAGCAAGCCAAAGAGUAUGCAGCUUUAAUAAUGGAGGAGCUUGACCCUGAAGACGCUGGUUACAUAAUGAUCGAGAACUUGGAGACACUUCUACUGCAAGCACCGAACGAGUCGGUCCGAGUCAGUGACAGCAGAGUACUGAGCCAGAUGCUGAGUCAGAAGCUCAAACCAACAAAACAGAGCAACCCUCUUGCGAGGUUGUCGGAAAAGAUCAAGUACUUCUUGUUGGAUAACUGGCAAAGGGUUUGGAUCUUGAUGCUGUGGCUCGGUAUCUGUGGAGGCCUCUUCGCUUACAAAUUCGUUCAAUACCGAAACAAAGCGGCGUACGACGUCAUGGGAUACUGCGUUUGCGUAGCCAAAGGCGGAGCCGAGACUCUCAAGUUCAACAUGGCACUUAUAUUGCUGCCCGUUUGUCGGAACACCAUCACUUGGCUCAGGAACAAGACCAAGCUUGGCGUGGUCGUCCCAUUUGAUGAUAAUCUCAACUUCCACAAGACUAUCGCGGUAGGGAUAAUAGUGGGAGUGAUUCUUCACGCGAGCGCGCAUCUGGCGUGUGAUUUUCCACGGCUACUGAACGCGGAUGAAGAAACGUACGAGCCGAUGAUAAAGUACUUUGGGGAGCAACCCGACAGUUAUUGGUGGUUCGUGAAGGGAGUGGAAGGUGUGACCGGCAUACUCAUGGUGGUUCUAAUGGCUAUAGCCUUCACGUUGGCCACACCUUGGUUCCGUCGGAACAAGCUUAACUUGCCCAAGUUCCUCAAGAAGCUCACCGGCUUCAACGCCUUUUGGUACUCUCACCAUUUGUUCGUCAUCGUUUACGCUCUUCUCAUCGUCCACGGUAUCAAGCUCUAUCUCACCAAGACAUGGUAUAACAAAACUACAUGGAUGUACUUGGCGAUACCGCUACUGCUGUACUCGUGCGAGAGGCUAAUCCGAGCUUUCAGGUCAAGCAUCAAAGCGGUUAAGCUCCUCAAGAUUGUGGUAUAUCCCGGGAAUGUUCUUGCGCUUCACAUGACGAAGCCAAACGGGUUCAAGUACAAGAGCGGACAGUACGUGUUCGUGAACUGCAGGGCGGUUUCUCCGUUCGAGUGGCAUCCGUUCUCGAUCACGUCAGCUCCCGGAGACGAUCACCUCAGCGUCCACAUCCGUACGCUCGGCGACUGGACGCGUCAGCUCAGAACCGUCUUCGCUGAGGCAUGCCAGCCUCCGACCGCGGGGAAAAGCGGGCUGCUGAGAGCGGAAGGAGCGAGCAAUAUCGAGUCGCUGAAGAUCAGAAUUGACGGACCGUACGGAGCACCGGCGCAAGACUACAAGAAGUACGACGUCGUACUUCUUGUUGGGCUGGGAAUCGGAGCCACGCCCAUGAUCAGCAUUGUCAAGGACAUCAUCAACAACAUGAAAUCUUCUAACGACAACCAAAUGGAUCGAAUGGAGAAUCAAAAUAACAACAACAGCAACAACAAUGGGUUUAGGACAAAAAAAGCCUACUUCUAUUGGGUCACGAGGGAACAAGGAUCGUUCGAGUGGUUCAAAGGGAUAAUGGACGAAGUGGCAGAAAUGGACGAAGAAGGAGUGAUAGAGCUCCACAAUUACUGCACGAGCGUUUACGAGGAAGGUGACGCGAGAUCUGCGCUGAUCGCCAUGUUACAGUCGCUGCAACACGCGAAGACAGGUGUCGACGUCGUGUCUGGGACACGUGUCAAGACCCACUUCGCCAAGCCCAAUUGGCGGCAAGUUUACAAGAAGAUCGCUCUUCAUCAUGCCGAUAGCCGCGUCGGAGUAUUCUACUGUGGGGCCCCGGCGCUAACAAAGGAACUGAGACAUCUAGCUUUGGAUUUCUCUCACAGAACAUCAACUAAGUUUGAUUUCCACAAAGAGAACUUCUAAAAUCCACUGUCCCAACAUCACAGGAGAUCAGAGGAGUGGGAUUCGGACAAGAAAAUAUCUUACGUGAGAAUAAUAAAAAUGGAACCGCAAAAUAUAUAUUCUUUAAAAUUUUGUUUAUUAAUAUUCAUUUGAUUUGUAUUCUUAUUUAGUUUCUUUUUUUUUUCAAAGGUGAAGCGUAUAGUGUAAUAACUGCACAACUACGCGUUCCAACGUUAUGUAGUAAAAACAUGUAAAAUAUGCGAAAUGUAGCAUUUUUUUUGUCA